UCAUAAAGUUUUUGUGAUUUUUUUUACGGAAAUAAUGAACAAUAAAUAUUUAUAGUUCAGUUUUUGAACAAAAUGGAACGAAUCGCAAUUUUGGUUGUAUUUGUCUUCAUAUUCACCUGUCUCCAAUAUACCUCAGCAGAAGAAACAGUCCUGUCAGAAGUAUUAACACCAACGACCGAGAAUGAAAAUGACAAAUUAAAAAGACAAAGUAGAAGUUACUAUGACUACCGGUAUGGAGCACCACGACCUUUGUACGAUAGACUAGAAUACGGAAGACAGGAUUAUGACAGGCCACGAUGUGGUAGAUGUGACGAUCGUAGAGACGACCGCGAUGACAGAGAUGACGACUACGACAGACGAGACCGUUAUGACGACGACAGACGCGGACACAAACCAACAUACGGCAACAGAUACGACAGUAAAAAGAACUAUGACAGCGACGAAGACAGGUAUUCCGACAGAAAGAACAACCAAAAGAAUGGAACAGAAGAAGAAAAUGGAGACAACAAGAGUGGAUAUGAUGAUAAAGAUAGCAGACCAAGCGGUAGUCGACGAGGAAGCGACAGAGACAGAGAUCGAGACCGUGGAAGAGACAGGGACCGCGAUAGGAGACGAGGUGGAGACAGAUACGAUGAUAGGGAUAGAUAUAGGCCAGACUAUUACGACAGAUUCCUAAGAGAUCCUUAUAGAGAAAGAGAUUACUAUGAUGACUAUAGAGGAAGACGACCAUCGUAUGAUAGGUACUAUCCUAGUUAUGAUGAUGGACUUAGCAGAUACGAUCCCUAUGGAUACGCAGGUGUUAGAAGACCAGUGUACGAUGAUAGAGGAUAUGACGAUGGAUACGGUGGAUACGGUCCAACUACUGGCAGGGGAGCACAUGACAGUUUCAGGCCUUGGGAUGAGACCUACCGUGGUCAGGCAGGGUGGGAUGCAGGUGGCAGAGGCUACUACUUCGCGUCAGGCAGACCUGAUGCAGCGCCUGCUGCUGGUUGGGGACGACCUGAAUACUCCAGACCACAAGACGCCUACCAAAGUAUAGGAGGUUAUUCAGGAGCCUACAGCGGAACAUAUCGCGAUCCAUACGCACAAGUGUCAAGCGGCUAUAGUCAAGGCUACGGCCAGGGCGCCAGCUACGGCCAGGGCGCUGGUUAUGGCCAGAGUGGCUAUGGCCAGAAUGCUGCUGCUUAUGGAGCGAGCUUCGCGGGGUAUGGACAAAGCGGUAGUGGAUGGCACAGUGUUGGAGAAAGGAGACCAUAUAGAGAUGAGAGUGGCGUCAAAAAGUUAGAGAACCGAGACAACUACAACCAGGAUUCUAAACGUAGUCAGAACAGCUACGAGCCAUCUAGCCGUCAGCCAGCGAACUAUGGUCAAACGGCUAACUAUGGCCAAACGUCCAACUAUGGUCAAACGGGCUAUCAGCAAGGCUACGGUCAAAGUAGCAGCACGACUCCUGCCACCAGCUACCUGUUCCAAAGAGAUGAUGAACAGGUCACUGUAAAGACUAAUGAGACUACCAAGCAGCCGUCUUAGACUUUCAUUUGUGUUCUUUUUAUAUUUCAUGGUUGACUUAAGAUUUUAGAGUGUGGUUGAAAUUCUUGAGAUGAUCGUGUUUUCAUUGUGAAUUGAGAAGAUAUUAGGUAUUUUAAUUUAGUACCUGAAAUGGCUUAUUACUUAAAAUGGAUACCAGCAUAUUUGACAUGUCAUUAUAGAGACCAAAAAGGAUAACUUAACGAACAAAAACUUUAAUGGUACUUAAAUAAAUAAAUAAAGUAAGUAAUACAAUGAUCAGUGUUAAAGAAUCGACGUCGAUUCUUCGCCACCGAUCGAUGUACCGCAACAAAGUAACUGCUAUGAUAACCAACCCUGGUCUUCCUAAAACAUGAGACCUUGACGACAAAACAGCUUUUGACUUAUUAUAACUAGCUUCUGUAGCCUAUCGAAAUAACAUCCAAAAUUAAUUAUUUACACACAAACGUCUAUAUAUCAUUAUGUAACUACCACGACUGCGACUCCCAAUUAAGUCAGCCUUGAAACCCUCACAAAGCAUUUUCCACGAUGUAUGUGUCAUCAAUCUCCCUUGUGUCAGGUUGUCGCACUCUGACACUGACCUACGGCCUGACACAAACUCUGACGUUAGCGUAAGCGGUAUCUAGCGUAAGCAUUAGCGAUAGCUUAAGCGAUAGUGUCAGCGGUAGCGUGCAUUCCCACAAUUAGCUCGUAAUUAAUCUAAGUAAGAUAAUAAUGUUUGAAGUAAUAAAGUAUUUUUAUUGUG